AUGGACAACAUCGACGAGGAAUAUAACCGGCUUGUUGAACACCUUCACGACUGCGCGAAGAAGGCUGAGAGGAACCAUGAACUCACGUCCGAGCUCGCAAGGCUUUGCAGAGAAUCAAUAAAGGAAGACCUUAAAGAGAGAAGAGCAGAAGUGCUGGCUAAAGCUGCAGAGGCAGGAAAAAGCAUCCGCUAUGCCCGUCGAGACUUCGCCAGACGCAAGACGAACCCAAAGGGAACAGCCAUUGCAUCGAGAAGGGGGAUGGAGAAAAUAAUCUACGACUUCUACUCUGAUCUCUUCGACAGCCAUGUCCACUCGCCUCCUCACCACCUGAGGGAAGAUGGACAAGUCAUUCCAGAGGUUCUCCCGUCCGAAAUACGACAUGCUAUCAUAUCGAGCCUUCCGCCAGUACUCAUCAACACCCUGGCAAGGUUCUUUACAUGUUAUCUGUCGGAAUGCAAGGUUCCUAAACAGUGGAAGACCAGCAAGAUCGUGUUGUUGUAUAAAAAGGGAGAUCCACAUGACAUCGGCAACUAUCGUCCAAUCUGCCUACUGUCCGUCAUCUACAAGCUCUUUACAAGAGUGAUCCUUAAUAGGAUUGAAAAAGUCCUGGAUGAAGGACAGCCAUGCGAGCAAGCAGGGUUUCGAAAAGGAUUCAGCACGAUUGACCACAUUCACACUGUUUCGAAACUCAUCGAGGUAUCACGAGAGUACAAGAUGCCGUUCUGUCUCACCUUCAUCGACUUGAAGAAGAAGGCCUUCGACACAGUUGAGACGGAAGCGGUCGUGGAAGCUUUGGACAACCAAAGCGUCCCUACUCAGUACAUAAAGGCACUUCGAGAGUUGUACUGUAACUUCACGACCGGAAUUUCGCCAUUCUACAAGAACAUCAUCAUUGACGUGAAGAGAGGGGUCCGACAGGGUGAUACAAUUUCACCCAAAAUAUUCACAUCCACCCUCAAGAACGCAAUGCGAAAACGCAACGGUGAAGGAAUCCGCGGGAAAAUCUAG